GCCACGGAUGAAACGAACAAGCGCACGCCGAUUUUGACACUUGACAGUAAUUUAAGGCUAGGGGCACACGUGGGGCAAAUAAAAACAUUUUUCUUGAGUAGUCAUUUAUUGGGGCGAAAGUAUAAUGGGGCGUCAUCCCCCCAAAAAACCACAAAAUGUGGAAGUCUCGACUAAAGACAAGUUGAAACAAAUCAAGAAGGAGCGCAAGUUGAAGUUGAAGGAGAAGAGGGCACGGUUGGUCAUCCGCAACUUGCCGUUUGAGGCCACUGAGGAGAACCUCAAGGAGCAUUUUGCGCAGUUUGGGGAGGUUCAAGAAGUUAAGGUUUUGAAAAAAGAGGAUGGGAAGUUGGUCGGUUGUGGUUUCGUCCAAUUUAAGUUGGUUCAAAAGGCGGCUAAAGCGCGACAUCAUUUAAAUGGAAAACCUUUCUUGGGGCGUGAGAUUGAAGUUGACUUUGCUUUGGCUAAAAAUAAGUACAAAACUGAAGACAAGAAGGAAAUCAAGGAGGAAGACGAGGUGAAGGUUAAGGAAGAACCGGUGGAUGUGGACGAAAGUCAGGAAGUGGCCGAAGAAGUGAAGAGUGAAGAUGAAGCUGAAGGAAUUGGAAGCGAUUCUGAGCAAAAAAAAACGGACAGUGAAGAUAAUGAGGGUGUAUCAGACGAAGAAGAGGAAGAGCAAGAGCCACCCGUUAAAAAACCUAAAUUUGAGUCAAAUGACGUAACUGAGGGCAAAACAAUCUUUAUAAAAAAUGUGCCGUUCACGGCCACUAAUGAUGACAUAAAACAAUGUAUGAGUCAGUUUGGGCCCCUUUAUUACGCAUUAAUUUGCGUAGAUAAAUACACGGAACAUUCCAAAGGAACGGCGUUUGUUAAAUUUAGAAAUGCCGAGGACGCGCAAAAGGCACUUGAGGCAGGCACUGAGUUGACUCUCCUUGGGAAUGUUUUGGACUGUCAUAGGGCUUUGGGUCGGGACGAAGUACGUAAAAAAGCCGAAACAAAGAAAGAAGAGAAAACAGCUCCAAAAGACUCGAGAAAUUUGUAUUUAGUUAAAGAAGGAGUUAUUCUAGCCGGGGGCAAGGCCGCCGAAGGCGUCUCAGCCAGUGACAUGGCAAAGCGACUCCAACUAGAACAAUAUAAAACCCAAAUGUUGCGUAAUUUGAAUAUGUUUGUCUCGCGCGAGCGCCUAGUCAUUCACAAUUUACCGCCCAGCUGGGACGAUAAAAAAUUACACAUUUUGGUUAAAAACAACAGUCCGAAAAAUUCGGUAAUUCGGGAGGCGCGAAUCAUGCGCGAUCUAAAAAACGUGGACGCAGAUGGAGUUGGACGAUCGAAAGAGUUUGGUUUUGUCACUUUCAAUCGACAUGAAGACGCCUUGGCUACGCUCAGGGCCUUAAAUAACAAUCCGAAUAUUUUUUCGGCUCAUAAAAGACCGAUUGUUGCCUUUUCCAUUGAAAAUCGGGCCAUGAUUAAGGCGAAACAGAAGCGACUCGAAAAAUCGCGUCUCAAAAACCCCAAAUGCAAGGAGUUUAAUCCGAAAGUGGUGAAAGAAGACCAGGAAAGGAAACAGAAACGAUUAAAUGAGACACAUGAUACUGAAGGCGAAUUUGUGGGGGUCACAGCCAAGCCGGGCAAACAAAAAAUGCGGAGUAGAUAUAAUCUUAAAACGCAGGCGAGGCUGCAUUUAGAAAAUUUGAAAAAAGAGAAGAAGAAAGCCAAAUUUUCGAAGAAGACACUCAAGGAGAGGAAACAAGAUUUUACAAAACAACCCAAGCAGAAAAUUAAUAAGAAGAAGGAAAACGAUAAUUUCUCAAAAUUGGUGGCUGAUUAUAAAAAGAAGCUUUUGGCCUUGCCGGUACAGAAGAAAACGAAGUGGUACGAGUGAAAUAAUUGUGAUCGUUGUAAAUUUUUUCUAAUAAAAAAUACAUGUUA